GCAAAGAUUCCUUUGCAGAACGAGAUUACCUGGCUUGAGGACAACUGGUACAAUGAAGAGAGUAGAUUCCUUGCAUUUACGCUCCACGAUGGGAAUGGAGGAGAUAUUUACUUAGCAUUUAAUGCGCACCACUUUUUUGUCAAAGCAGCAAUACCUUCACCACCACAAAAUAGACGCUGGCACCGAGUGGUGGACACUAAUCUGAAAUCCCCUGGUGAUUUUGUUACUGAAGGCAUUGCUGGUAUCAGUGGAACUUAUAAUGUUGCACCAUAUUCUGCUAUUCUUCUGGAAGCAAAGCAAUAAUUAUUAGAUUAUGCUGCUUAAGAUAUUCUGCCCUGGGUUAUCACCUUCUUGAUUGGGUGGUUAAAUCGAAAUUCAGGCGCUAAUAUAAGCAUACAGUUAGCCUACAGAUGUAAUCUGUUAGAAGCAGAAAUUCAUGAAGAAGUUUGCGAUAAGUGACCAGUUUGUUCAGGCUGUUAUUAACAUGUAUAAACAACCUGCAGUAACCAGAUAAAUGGGGACCAUUUGUCCAGGUUGUUAGAGACGGAUCUUGGUUAUGAGGAAUGCGCAGGACGUAACAUAUUAAGGCAGGCUGUUGUGUUGGCUUGCAGAAUCAACAUAUUCAUCUGCUGACACAUGCUUCGGCCAUCCUUGUCUCUGAGAGGUAGGAACAUAGUGGUGGGUCGCAAGGAAUUUUUAAAUAGGCAAAGGUUCUGUAAAGUGCCUUCAUCAUGUUUUCUCUUCAAAGGAGACAAAUUUCUAUGUAAAUGUUUCUUUAUAAAGUUCAUUUCUUAUUAACCCCGCAAAGUUAUUCCAGAGAGGAUAAAAAGAGACUUUGGGAUGUGCA